AUGUAUCCGGCCGAAACGAAUGAUAAAUCUGGGUGUCAUCUGCAUACGUAUGUGCAUUGGGAAGAUGUUUGUCAAUAACCUUAAAUAACCCAGCCACAUAGAGUAUGAAGAGGACAGGGCCAAGGCAGCUACCCUGCGGAACUCCCGAUUGAAGAUUGAAAACUUCCGAUUCAUGGUCUUUAAUUAAAAUUGUUUGUUUUCUCUCGGAUAAAUAAGAUGUUAGCCAUUUGAGGGCAUUUCCAGUUACGCCAAAGUCUUUUUCAAGUGUCUCCAGUAAGAUAACAUGGUCGAUAGUAUCAAAUGCGGCACUUAGGUCGAUAAGCACAAGAAGCGUAACCUCCUGACGAUCCAUACUGAGGAGAAUGUCGUUCUGACUUUUAGUAAACUGUCGUCAUCUUCGUUCCCUAUAGCAUGGAAAGAGGCAGAAGUUAUCCCUUUGUUAAAGGAUGGAAACCACGAGGAAGCAUCAAAUAACCGCCCACUUUCUCUACUUACCUUUCUUUCGAAAAUUUGUGAAAAAGUCGCCUUGAAUCAAUUUGGUUCUUAUCUAAUGAAGAACAAAAAAUUGUCAACCCACCAGAGCGGGAACAAGAAACAUCACUCAUGCGAAACAUUGAAUCUUUUGACCGGAGAUACUAUCCUAAAGGCCAUGGAUGGGGAAUUGGUUACUGCACUGAUUCUAAUAGAUCUAUCUAAAGCUUUCGACAGUGUAAAUCAUACUUUUCUCCUUACAAAACUUAGCAACGUCGGGGCUUCUCCAAGCGUUGUAAAAUGGUUUGAGAGUUACUUGACCGGAAGAACUCAAUCAGUCAGAAUUGGAUCAACUGUGUCUACUCCUCUCCCUGUUUCUUAUGGUGUACCACAGGGUGCAAUUUUAUCACCUUUACUUUUUAGUAUUUAUAUUAACGAUUUGCCCUCAUCAGUCCACCAUAGUAAACUUGAAUCGUACGUGGACGACUCCAAGAUAUUACUAUCUUUCACUGUGGCUAACGUGGACUGUUUAAAGCAACAACUUGAGGAAGACUUGUAUUUGAUUGCAAACAGUUGUUCCGAAAAUGAAUUGCUUAUUAACCCGGGAAAGACCAAAUACAUGCUGAUUGGCACACGGCAAAACCUACAACAACUUCCCGUAGAUAUGACCAUAAACUUCCUCAACGAGACUAUUACCCCCGUCUCCUUUGCCAAAGAUCUAGGAAUGACAAUCGACUCUUAUUUGACAUAUGACCAGCACAUCACCAACCUGGUUUCCUCAU